CCCGGAUCCACCGCUUCCACACUCGCUCCCUCGCCUCCAGAGCGGCGCGGUGCACUGCUUUGGAGAGAAAACAGACCGGGCGUGAGGAUGAGGGAGGAGGAAGACGACAUGGAAGCGUACAUCUCCCCUACUACGCUACUACGGACAACUUAGCGAACUUUUUUGUUUUGUUUACAGCCGGAUUUUUCAAUGUUACGGAGAGUUUCGCCAACUUCGAGGCUACAAGGAUGUACUGCUCGGAUGGAAGUGCUUCAGCCGCUAGUUUGACGCUCCUGCUGGGAAUAACGUGGUUCGCCGUGCUCUGCGACCUCACCGAGUGCUCCUCCGACUUAUCAGGAUACCUGUCGAAAGUCCUGCGUAACUACACGGAAAAGGCGUGUGACGGCAGCCUGCUGUCCCUCACCUGUCCCCCCCGCACCACCAUCACCGUCCAGUCCGCCUUCUACGGCCGCAGGGGCCCCUCUGACCCUCACCACUGCCCCCCCUCCUACCAGGCGCUGCUGGGGUACUACAACCAGCAGGAGGAUGAGCGCCUCUGCUCCAUGUCCACCGCUCUGCAGAAGAUGCUGGACGAGUGUCAGGACAGGCGCAGCUGUCAGGUGCUGGUGCACAGUCGUGUGUUUGGGACAGACCAGUGUCCCGGCAGGAGCAAGUACCUCAUGGUGUGGUACAAGUGCAGACCCAACGAGUACAAGUCCAAGGUGGUGUGUGAGGAGGAGAGGAUGAGGCUGAGCUGUAAGAGGGGCAUGCAGAUCGCCAUCUACUCCGCCAUGUUCGGACGCACGCAGCAGGGGGCGCUGGAGUGUCCCACCUACCACCGGAGGGCGCCGUCAGUGGAUUGUCAGUCGGCCGUGGCUCUGCAGGUGCUCACGUCCCGUUGCCAGGGGAAACAGAGAUGCUUAGUCCCCGCCUCCACGCACGACUUCGGGGAGCCGUGUUACCCCGGGACCAGGAAGUACCUCAGCGUCAUCUACACCUGCGUCCCGAAGAAGCUGCUGCAGGAGGAUCCCCGUCCCCCGGUGUACGCCCCGCCCCCCAACGCCCAUGACCCCAACAUAGUGGGAGACAGCGCCCCCCCAGAGGGCAGCUCCGUCAGGACAGACCGGGGCGUGAGCGGCACCAGCGAGGAGAAGCCCGCAGACGGAGAGCACGGAGGGGGGCACAGGCCGGACAUGAACCCCAUCAUCAACUCCACCUCCACCCCGGGGAUGUCGCUCAUCAGCAACGCCCUGGCAGCCUACACCUACGUAUCAGAUCACCCGGAGCGAGCUGCGCUGUUCUUCGUCAUCGGCAUCUGUCUGGGCCUCUUCCUCACGCUCUUCGCUCUGGUGCUGCAGAUCUCGUGCCGCACAGACUGCCCGCCCCGACAGCAGCGCCCCCCGGCGAAGAAACGCAGCGGGCGCCCCCUGGACUCCUCCACGGACUCCAGUGACUCGGACUCGGACUGGGACACGGCCUCGGACCUGUCGGCUCGCAGGCACCGGCGCUUUGAACGCACCCUCAACAUGAACGUGUUCACCUCGGCCGAAGAGCUGGAGAGAGCCCAGAGACUCGAGGAACGCGAGAGGAUCAUCCGGGAAAUCUGGAUGAACGGACAACCGGACAUUCCAGGGACCAGGAGCUUGAACCGAUAUUACUGAUUUUUGCUUUAUUUUAUUGUUUUUUUGUGCUGAACCAUCCUCUAAUGCUGCCGUCUGGAGUAAUGGGCGACCACAGUUGGGUAAACGGCCAAGAGUACCUACCUGGAGGAUUAACGUUCUUCAGGAUUCGAACCCGGUAGGCGACCUCAACGCAGAACCUUGAGGAACCUUCUCCAAAUCUACGUAAACGGCCCAGAGUACCUACCUGGAGGAUUAACGAUAAGCCUACUGUGCAAGUUUUAAGAUGGGCACUUCCUAGAAGACACAAGGAGAACAUCCAAACUCCUCAAAGUUCUCAAGUGCUCCAGGAUUCGACCUCAGCGCAGCACUCAAGGAACCUUCUCCAAAUCUGGGUAAACGGCCAAGAGUACCUACCUGGAGGAUUAACAGCAAGCUUACUGUGCAUGUUUUAAGAUGAGCACCUACCAGAAGAUACAAGGAGAACCUUCAAGCUCCUCAAAGUUCUCCAGGAUUCGAACCCCGUAGGCGACCUCAACGCAGAACUCGAGGAACCUUCUCCAAUCUGGGUAAACGGCCAAGAGUACCUAGCUGGAGGAUUAACAAUAAGCCUACUGUGCAUGUUUUAAGAUGAGCACCUGGCUGAAGACUUAAGGAGAACACGCAAACUCCUCAAAGUUCUCCAGGAUUCGAACCCGGCAGGCGACCUCAACGCAGAACCUUGAGGAACCUUCUCCAAAUCUGGGUAAAUGGCCAAGAGUACCUAGAAUCCAAGGAACCGUCUCCGAAUCUGGGUAAAUUAUCGCGAGUACCGAGCGUGAACCUAGAGAACACCCAACCAGAUACGAGGAGAACAUGCAAACUCCGCAGAGAAAGGCCCUACGCACUCCAGGAUUCUCUGAUUUUAUAUGCAAAAAAAAAGAAAAAUGUGCCGCGACACCACAAUAAUUCAGCGGACGGAAUCAAGGAAUUGUAUGCAAUUUUUACCGACGACAUAAGCUUGAACUUGUAAAUGCUAGGAAAAGCCAUGUGUAGCUAUGGUUUUCGUUAAAAAAAAGCUAAAUUAAACAUUCGCUGAAGGACUUUAAGAGAAAAAGCUUUUAUUUUGAAAGGCAGCUCAAAAUGGACGCCAGUAUUCCGAACUCUUUUUCGACAAUCGCUCCACAUGCUGCCUUACGAACUCCAACCAAAAUGGGAAUUCAUCUCAGCCCGUAUAUUAAGGUCUAUUUUAUAAUAUUUAAUAGUUUAUUGUGUUUUUUUUUUUUUUUGCGCUCAUGUAUUUGCUUUAUUAUGAAAUAUUUUUAUACUUGGCAAAGGUUGUCCGGCACCUCAGGGACGCAAUCCUAGUGUUUGUUUUCGCUCCGUGUUUUUGCUUCGUACAGACGCUUUGAAAAUGCCAUGUCAUCGGAAUGUGCAAAAUUCCCGAAUGGAGGCGACUGGAGCCAAUGGAAGUAUAAACCGUAAAAUGUUUUUAAUGAUUAACCGAUUAACGGAUCUAAAUGCGAACGGUUUAAAGUCGGUUUAGCAAAAAAAUAAACCAGCAUUUUGGUUAAAGAGGGAAUGUUGCGCAAAAUUUCUUCCGUGUUUUAUUGUUGUUUCUUCAUCAAAAACGUGCCUGAAGAGGUUUUAGAGUCGUCCGUGCAUGUUUGAAUCAUCUAGAGAUCUCUCCCUGGCUCUAAUUCGAACCCUCCGUACAGUUAGAUGGAAGAUUCUGUACAAGGCUCCGCCCACAAGUCUCAUCACCCACACUCCCGCGCGACAAUUCUCCAUAAAUAAACAAAAACAUGAUACAAAACUGUACAGUACAACUUCACAAACCUGGUUUUAGGAGCACAUAUCCAAGUGUCCUGGGUCACAUUUGAAAAAAUCGAAUCUGUGUGGUUCAGACUGUCAUUAAAAGAUCAGAUACAGGAACAUAGGGGCCAAAAAAUCGGAUUUGGGUCACUUCAGGCUGCAGUCUGAACGCUGUCAACUCUUCUAUAAAUACUCAUAUACUGUGACUUUUUAAGCACAGUUUAGUUUAAAAUUCAUAUAAACUGCAAAAAUCUUAACUCUAGUUGUUAUUUUGGUUUAAAGAUUUGAAAUGACUUGAAGCUCAAAGCAGACGACUUGGACUUGACUUGGACUUAUGGGCCAGCGGCUCGAGACUCGACUCGGACUUGCCUGUGUUUGACUCGGGACUUGAGGUCAAAGACUUGAAACAACGACUUGGUCCCACCUCUGUGACCACGUUCCAAUGUAACUCAACGGGAGCCAGGGUCAGAAGGAGCCAGAAGAGCCACAGCGGCCAGUGUGCGUUUGCUUUGUCCGUUUAAAUACACAGUUUACGGGUUUGUGAAGUUGUUGCGCACAGUUUUGUAUCACGUUUUUGUACAUUUAUGGAGGAUUGUCGCGUGGGAGCGAAGGUGACGUCGACUUUUGGACGGAGCAUUGCACUGAAUCUUACAGGGUUUGUAUAGGACCCUGGAGAGAUCACUAGAUUACACAAACAUGCAUGGACGACAUAUUUUUGAUGAGAAAACAAAUGUUAAAAAGCUCCAAGAAGUACAUGUUGCGUAACGCCGCCUCUUUAAAUAAACAAAUAACGUAAUCUGUUCAAGUAUCCGAGUGGUUUUCAUUUGCCAAAAACCCUCUUGAUCUUUCAUUCUUUUCAUACUUUGCGAUAUUCCGCGGUCAAUCCCAGUUUUCCCGUCGAAAUCACACGACGUUCAGUUUCCGUUUUGCCUCCAGCCGCCUCCAGUGUGCGAUUUUGAAUGUUUUUGUUUACAGUUUUUUAAAAGGUUUAGAAGAACAUUUUUACAAAAGCUGUCACAGACCCACAACGUUUAUUUCAUACUUUAAACCUCAAAGGAGAUUUUACAGUGAUGUUUAAAGGUGCACUGUGUAACUUUUCUAAAAGAGGGUCCGCCACCUGCUUGGAGAUGUUACUGCUUUGCUCGGAAUGUCCCACAGUAUGGCAUUAAACGUGUAUAGAAGUCAUGGGAUUUGACGAGUGUGGUAAUUGCUCAGAAAAAGUCUUUAAGAACGUGGAUCCGUGUGUCAUUUUUUCAUUCGUUUUUUAAUAUAAAACCAAAAAUAAGAAAUGGAAAAACAACAAUUUUCUUCAUUAUUUGUCUCCAAAACUAAAAUGAAAAAACAGAUAAUCAGUUUUUUUCAGUUUCUGAUUUUGUGUUUAAAUGAAAAAUGGAAAAAAAAACGGAUAACGACGAUUUCCCGUUUACGUGACUUAAACUGCGGUGCGGGACUUUUGUGCCACAUACGGACUGAAC